GGACUGUUUUUAUGGAUGGACCUGUGCACCUUGAACUUGACAGAGUAGUUUCACCCCUCUCCUCUCCUCUCUAAGUUACUCUUCUCUUCUCUAUUUGUAAAUACUUUUAAAAUGUCCAGUUUUCCACAUUUACUCCGCCACGCGCCUUCAGCCUUCAGGCGGUCGUCGCGCGGCAGAAGCCCAGACGCCUGCCGCACUUUGUUUUUAAACUUCAGGUUUUUGCACUCCAGCUCGCCUGUUAAGUUGUCCUCCAGCACAUUACAUCAACACAAAACCAGCCGCAGGGGUUACACGAGUUCUGCCAGCACGAAACCGGUCCGGGUCGGCUGCGCCUCCGGGUUCUGGGGGGACACAGCCACCGCAGUGCCUCAGUUGAUCUACAGUGGGAAUUUGGACUUCCUGGUGUUUGACUACCUGAGUGAGAUCACCAUGUCUCUGCUCACCGCCGCCAAGGCCAAGACGCCUAAUCUGGGCUACACUCCAGACUUCGUCCAUGUCGCUCUCGCUCCGUUCAUCAACGACAUCCACAGGAAGGGUAUUCGUGUCGUCAGUAACGCAGGAGGCGUGAACCCUCUGGCCUGUGCUGCGGCCAUACAGGAAGUCAUCAACAAGGCUGGCCUUCAUCUCAAAGUCGCCGUCGUGACCGGCGAUGACCUCAUGCCCCACAGGAGCAGCCUCUCUGAGGUCUGGACGGUGGAUGACGGCAGCAGACAGCAGUUACCUAAAACGCUGCAUAGCAUGAACGCUUACCUCGGGGCUGUUCCUAUCCGCCGCUGUCUAGAUCUCGGGGCAGACAUCGUGGUGACUGGACGCUGUGUGGACAGCGCCGUGACUCUGGGCCCGCUCAUGCACACCUUUGGAUGGGAGAGGAAUGACUAUGACCUGCUGGCAGCUGGGAGUCUUGCAGGGCACCUGAUUGAGUGUGGCGCUCAGAGUACAGGAGGAAUCUUCACUGACUGGCACAAAGUUCCUGACUGGGACAACAUGGGCUUCCCGGUGGUGGAGUGCUCCGGCGACGGCUCCUUCGUCCUCUCCAAACCGCCUGAGACCGGCGGCCUCGUCUCCUUCGGCACGGUGGCGGAGCAGCUGCUGUACGAGAUCGGCGACCCGCGACGAUACCUGCUGCCUGACGUCACCUGUGACUUCAGCCAGGUGCUCAUUCAGGAAGUACCAGGUGUAGAAGGAGGCGCUGUCAGAGUGACGGGGGCUAAAGGCUCCGCUCCAUCACAUGACUACAAGGUGUGUGCUACCUACAUGGACGGUUUCAGGGCGACAGCAGUGUGUCCGGUCGGAGGACCAAGAGCAGCAGAAAAGGCCAGACGAACUGCAGACAGCAUCAUCAAACGGACGAAGCGAAUGUUUACGCAGUUGGGGCUGGAAGAUUUCAGCGCCGUCAACAUCCAGGUCCUCGGAGCUGAGGACACGUAUGGUGCCAACGCUCGCAGCAAGGACUCCAGAGAGGCAGUUAUCUGGAUGGCCGUCCACCACAAACAGAAGAAAGCUCUUGAACUCUUUGCCAGAGAAAUAGCUCCUGCAGGGACCGGCAUGGCUCCUGGGCUGACCGGCAUCGUGGGCGGACGACCCAGAGUGUCUCCUGUCCUGAAACCGUUUUUCUUCCUGCACCCCAAACCUCAGCUGAAGGUGGACGUUCAUGUCGGUGGAGAGCUGGUGGAGUCUUUCGCAGAGGUGGGGCCUGACGCACCUGAGCAGGAAGCCCCUCCCACCACAGAGGAGGACGCACCUGACACAGAGCUGCCCAGUGGACCACACAGCUACAGACUGGAGGAGCUGGCCUACACAAGGAGCGGAGACAAAGGAGACUCGGCUAACAUUGGAGUGAUAGCUCGUCAUCCCCUCUUCUUCCCCUACCUGAAAAAACACCUGACUUCUUCUGUGGUGGAGGAAUACUUCUCGCACCUCAUCCAGCCAGGGGUGAACAACGCUGUCACACGAUACACUCUGCCGGGGAUCCACGGCUUCAACUUUGUCCUGCAGAGUUCGCUGGGAGGGGGAGGGGUGGCGUCUCUACGCAGCGACCCCCAGGGUAAAGCCUACGGUCAGAUGCUGCUGGAUUUGAAGCUGAGAGGACUGCCUGACGUCAAGUCACUGGUGGACUGAGAGAGAGAGAGAGAGUGGCUGGGUGAGAGACACUGAGAGAAAGGAGGAGUUAAUGAGGGAGAGAGCUGUGGGAAAGGCAGACAUAAAAAACCCUUUACAAGAAGAAAUGAGACUGAAAGCAAAGAAAACUCCCCGGUGAGACUUUUCCCUCCAUAGAAACCCAGAUGGAUCAUAUCAAAAAAAAGAUUUGUUUAGUCCUCAACCCAAACAAGGGAAAACCUGAUGAAAACAAGAAAAUUUAAUUUAUAUUUGGUGCACUGAGUGAAGUCCAUAAUCACACAUCAGCUUCAAGGGGCUUUAUAAUCUGUGAGAUGUAACAGAGUCGCAGGAUUUUAUCCACACUGAUAAACAAAAGAGAGCAUUCAGGAAACUGUCAAAUAAAACAGUUUCACCUGAAGGAACCUCAACAUACGAUAGCAUACGUCCAUGAGUGGCCAAAAUGGCCUCUGUAGGGUGGCUGUGGUCAGCCUUAGAGAGGCUGAGGAGCUCUGACAUUCGCAGGGAGCGCGGAGUAAAGCUGCUGCCGCUGCUUUGCAUCGAAAGGAGCCAGCUGAGGUGGUUUGGGCAUCUGAUGAGGAUGCCUCCUGGGCGCCUUCCUUUGGAGGUUUUCAGGGCAUGUGUCCAACUGGGAGGAGACCCCGGGUUAGACCCAGAGCUCACUGAAGGGAUUACAUAUCCCAUGUGGCCUGGGAAGGCCUUGGGAUGCCCCCGGAGGAGUCGGAAAGCGUUGUUGGGGAGAGGGAUGUCAGGAGUACCCUACUUAGCCUGCUGCCACCGUGACCUGACCGCGGAUAAGCGGAAGAUAAUUUAUCUCCCAUGUUCAAACGUUCCCCUCCUCAGUGUUAAGUUUGGGUCUUUAUAGGCCGUUCCAUUUUGGGUUCGGUUCCAGUUUCCACCUGGAUUAAUUAAACUCAGAAUCUAACAAAUCUCAUAUCAAACCUUUAAUCUCGUCCCUCUUUUUUAUUAGGGAAGAUCAAUGCACAAAAAAAAUGUGCCAGCUUCUUGUUUUAGGUGGUAUUGACCGUCGCUUUUGCUGGUUAAAAUAACAAACCAGCUGCUGUAAAACGUGUGUAAUUGUAAAGGUUAAAAUUAAACUUGUGGCAAAGAUUGUGAGGGAAAGGCAUAUCAGCCCGUAACACCCCUCCACAAUCGUGUGUGUUUUUGUAGUUCAGUAACAGAGAAUUUAGCUGCUUCACGUACAUUUCACAUACAAUCUCUCAGGUAAACAUUUAUGUUUAUCACAUCAAUAUCGUGUCAAGUUCUUCACCCGGAUCUCAAGUACUUGGAGAAAGUAGCUGUCAAUAUGUUACUGAAGGCUAACGGAGGGAUACUCAUUAUUUAGAUGGUGUCUGAAGCACAUUCUUCCCACCAGAGCACUUUAAAGCGGCUUGUUGAAACAGCAAAAGAGCAUAAGGAACAUCUUCAAAGGCUAAUUCUAGUUAAUUACAACUUAUAUUGUUUGUAGGUACGGUAAUGUCAUGCUGAGUUUCAUAUCAGAGAUCUGAUGACAUCGCUGAAAUCGUCUGACGGGGGAAGAAACACAAGCAGUCAAAUGAUUAGUUAGAAACAAACCAACAGUUCAUACAAAUUUAUUCAGAAGUGAAAAUAAAGGUGAUCAGUAAAAUGAUCACCCACACUAUCUGUUGUAAACAUCCAUCGCAGUAUAUAGACGCACUUCCUGCUUUCACAUUGACCUGUCAUACUUACCGUGGUUGUGCGUGCAGUUUUCCUAUAAUUAUACUUUAUUAGUGACAUUUCAGGUGAGCCCACUUUCAGUUUGACUGCCAAAUAAACGUCGUUAUUACUGACAGAACUAAGAACAUGAGCGCUGAAGUUAUAAUAAACCAGACUUAUCCUUUAAAUGCAAAAUCAAGACAGUUUUAUGUAAGAACCCCCGAGGAUAAUGUUCUUCAGUAACAUGAAAUGAUUUGAAGCUCAUGGACUAAAUCACUGGAACAAUCAUUUAACAGGAGCAUUAUUGUACCUUCUAUGAGUUAAUAUGAACGGAGACGGUUAGUCAUGCAAACUCAGACCAGGUUUGGUCAUGGAGAACAUUCUUAGGGGGUCAAUGUUCUAGUCACAACCUGGACUCCAGCUUCGUACCAGCUUUUGGGGAGCUGCCCCUAACCUCUGACUUCCUCAAAAGAAGAAGAGAGUAGUGGUUUUGCUUUCUCUCAGAGGGUAAACAAAAAAAGGUAUAGACCACGGCUGCGAGACGCUCCAGUCAGACAUUAGAGGAGACACAAGCUCGCAGGCCUCAGGUCGGGGGCGACGGCUGGUUUCCCCCGGCUCGUUCACCUCGACACGACCUGCCUCCCGUGUUCGCCGCCCAUAAGGAAUGUGUGUCUCCUUCCACCAAACCGGCUCUCUGGCUUCCAAUCUGUUUCUCCAUAAUUGCAAACAGACUGAAGCUGCAGUCACUCCACAGCUUCCUCCGUGCCUGAAAAUUCAUCUCACCCACCUCCUGUGAAUCACAUCCCCCUUUCUCAGAUCUUUCCCUCAUGCCGCUGCAGUUUUCUCUAAUCAGGGAAGAAGAAAAAAAUACCAUCUGACUCUUUUCCUCUUUGGAUUUCCAACUCUCUGCUGGCUCUUUGGAUUUCUGCUCAGCCUUUCCUCAAAUGGGUGAAACCAAACCCAGAGAAAAGCCACAUCAGAGAGUCUGCUUAGAACAGUAACUAAACAAUGGUCUUCUAAACAGACGUUUAAAGACUUUUACACACAGUCAAACCAUUAUAAAUGACAACAUAUAAAUCCUUUCAGACAUGAACUGAAAGCAGAGUUGCAAGAGUAUAAAUCAGACCAAUUAAAGGGGAAAAGAAAAGAAGUGCUCAGUGUAGAGUGAGGUGUUAAAAUAUAAAUUCCCGCUCAUUUCCUGUUUUCGUUUUCCCAAAUUGUAAAAAGACCCAUGCUGUGAUUUCACCACUUUAUAUGAAAUGUGAAAAUGCGGUCACAUUUUAAUGAUGCAGAUGCGGUUUGAGAGCAAAAGAUCUGUCCCGCACAUUCCCAGAAAUCCAACCUCGUGAUUUCCAGCAAAUAUUUUCAACACUGUGCGUGAGUUAUUUGGAGAAACACUUCAUCCAAUUCUUCAUUCAACCCCAAAAUAACAGACUGUUUAAUGUUUACCCAAAAGCAAUGAGCCGUGAGUGCGUAGAAAAUCAAAUGUUGCCCAUUUUUUGAGCAUCUUUUAGUAAUUAGGGUGCUGUCUUUUGUCUAUGAUGAAUAAAUAUCAGACCUUGCUUCAGGCAAUAUCUGGGUCUAAACAUAAGUUUUCAGAAUUAGCACAUAUUGUUAUUGAGCCUCGCUCUGGCACAUCCGACCUCUGGGAAAUCCUCAUCAUCAUCAAACAAUGCUCAAUUUAUUUUUCUUUAAAGUAGCAGAAGAGGCCAGUGUAACAUACCGACCUUCAUAAGGACAUUAAUCUGAGACGCUGAGUUAUAAGAAAUAUAUUAUAGUCUUUUCAUAUAUAAGGUGCUUUUAUCAUCUGCUAUCGGUAUGACUUUUUGUCCACUUUUGACAAUGAUCAAGUUUCUUUAAAUUAGAACUAAAAUGGACUAGGUUGAUUGGUGACUCUAAAUUGUCCGUAGGUGUGAGUGUGAGCGUGAGUGGUUGUUCGUCUUUGUGUGGCCCUGUGAUGGACUGGCGACCUGUCCAGGGUGUACCCCGCCUUGUGCCCGAUGUCAGCUGGGAUAGGCUCCAGCCCCCCCGCGACCCUGUACACAGGAUAAGCGGUUGACGAUGGGAAAUAAGUGCAAAUACAUACGCCAGUAGUUAUAUUAUCUCGCAGUUUACAAUGAAUAGGAAAAUGAGUAAUUCAAUUAGAUAACCUGAAUAUUAAGUUACCAUCAUCUCCCCCCAAAAGUGUCCCAGCAUUGAACCUUUUACGACACCAGUGUGGCUUUUAUUAUUCUGAAAACAAUAGAAACAUGAAGGCACCAAAUUUAAAGUUAAAGCAGUUCAGGUUCAGUCUCUCAGUCAAACUCUGCCAGAUCAGUCAAGGAAAGAGCUUGUAUUCCUUUCUUAUUUUAAGAGACUGAAGAGCAUGAAUGUCCGUCACAACUUUUAUAGUAAAAAUUAUUUUGAGUUGGACGUAAAGCAGCUCAAGUUUUUUGACUACCUUUGGUCAAACUCUGAAAUAUUAAUCUGAGUUGCUUUCAUUAUUUUGAGACACUGAUGACCACAAAUGUCUGCCCCAAAACUCAGUUUAAUCCAUCCAGUGCUAUUUAACUUUUUCAGGUCCAAGCAUUGAGCCUUGUGGAACACCAGAGAAAAUGUUUCCUUUUAACACUUAAAUCUACUAAUGGAGACAACAGCAAGCUUCAAAUUGUGUAAGUUGGGAGAAAAUCUGUUAUUGUUAUUGAACUCUAUAGCAGCGUUUUUAGACAUGCCACUCUUUAAUUAAAUGUGAGGUCAGUUGCACUUGUCUGCCUCUUGUAUGUAAAAGUGACUAUUCACAUAAGUCAUAACAGCAGUCUUACUAGGUUGAACCUAGUAACAUUUCACUUUCAACAGAACUCAAGUCUGAAUUGUAUGGCAUCAGGUUAACGUGAAGGCAACAGCACCAGGUUACAUACACAGAGAGAAAGAUCACUGUGCAGGUAUCAUCGCCUGUGCUCAAAGAAAAUCAGUUUAAUAAGCUAUGACACACUAAAGAGCAGCUGAUUUGUUCAGGAGAUUCUUAUCAUGUCAGAUCAGUCUGCUCUGUAAUAAUCAAACCUUCCUCAUAGUUUCAACUUAUGUCCAAAUGGCCAGCUGCAGUAAAGAUAUUAACUAAAAAUAAGUUCUUGCAGAUGUCUCUCUCGAAAACCAUCAGCUCACGCUGGUCAUUACUUAAAGCUUCAACUGCAAAAUAAGUUAUUAAUAUCAGUGAGCCAUUUUUCCUUAAAUAAUUAAACUUUUCAACUCACAGCUGUUUUCCAGCAUCAACACCACUUCCUCUCUAAGCACUAGCUGCCAAAUAUAUCAAGUGAGCAUUGUGGGGUUAUUUGUUAAGGAACAUUUGAGUAAAGGUCUCCUGUCAUGAAAGACAAAAAGCCAUCACUUCAACAGUUAAAUGAAGCCAACAAUGUUGCGUUUCCCGUGUCUGGAAAGAGCUCAUGAUGGCAACUAAUAGCUGCAGUGCCUUGCUCAUCGGCAUCUUAUUGAACUUUGCUUAUUUGUUAUUGAACCGCUGACCCUUUCUAUUGCGUCUCUUUUUGCGACCGAACCGCCAAUGCAUUAUUCAAAAUGUCCGAACUGCAUCGGAAACGACACAGUGUCACGGUGUCGGAUUUUCAGGUGACGUUUUUUUGCAGGACGGUCCUCAUUGUGGAGCCACAGGUGCUUUUUGUAUCACUGUGUUUUUAUUGAAAGGGAGCAUCACUUCAAAUUGAACACUUCUUUACAAGUUAUUUCUCUUCGUCCAUUUCAAUUCUAACUUUACACUUGAAACUCAACUGUACUAAGCUCAGAGAUUAUUUGUAAUUAAAGAUCUUAGAUGACUCAAAAUGUAAAUUGUAAACUGUAGCAUGUUGUAAAGAAGAAUCAACAAUCACUUUGCCUUCUUUUCUAAUUCUUUAUAAAUAUAUAUUAUAUUUGAUUUAUUAUUGAUUGCUUUCUGCACUCAAGAAAAUCAUUAAAUGCAUUUAAAGAGUGAGUUGUUUUCUGUAUGAUCUUGUAGAUACUAAACUGAAGAGAUUAAAAAUAUUUUCUUGAACAAAA